AUGUUUAAUGCGAAUUUUUUAAAAAAGGCAGCGAUAUCCGGCGCUGUUAUUUCUAUUGCAGGUGCAGCAUUCUUCCAUCACAAAAUUCAAGGUGAGCACUAUCAUUAUUCGACAGCAUACUUACUUCGUUUCAGUUUAUAAGUUUUUGGUCCCUGUGAGUUAGCUUAGGGUAAAAAAUUUUAUUAUUUUUGUCUUUUUUUGUUCCACUCCGCUUCAACUGCGACAUCGAACAGGGGUCCUGGGCUGUUGUGUAUAUGACUCAAUAUACACAACAUUCCCACUUGUUAGGGAGGGUGUUAUUGUUAGUGGAGUGAGUUUGAAAAUAAGGAAAAUUAAAACCUGAAUUACAAAAUUCCAACAUCGAAGGUGGAAAUCUCUUUAAGAUCUAAUUAAAAUUCGUAAUUGUUGAGGUUCUAUUAAACCCUUUUACUUCUAAGAUAUGAUUGUAAUUCUCCCCUCUAACUACUACACAUUUCCUUUUAAACUAUUUAAGAUAAUUUAAGGUUAGAUCAAGAUUUUAACAACGUUGUGUAGUAUUGCUGAGUACAAACUACAAAUAUCCCAUAAAUUAUUUAUUAUCUCACUAAUUUAUAUUAUAUGCCACCUAGGGGUGGAUUCAUGAUUUUACAAGUGAUUUGCACCAAUUUGACUAGGGAUAAAGCAAAAAGGAUUAUUGAUUUCUUGAACUAAUAAAGAACCAGAGAAAUAAUAAAUGCAGGUUUGGUAACAUUUGAGUGAUUUCUGGAAAUCAUUUGAACUACUCUGGAUCCAAUUGUGCAACCUGUCAGCUGGUUUUUUACAAUAAAAAAUGAUCAACUGCACAAAUAACUGUACAGUGUUCUCGAUUUGCACAUUACUUGUAGUUCAAUUGGAUAAAGUUUAAACUUACUGAGACAAUGUUGUUAUCUUUCAGCAAAUAUAGCAUCUCAACACUAUUAUAAAGCAUCAGCUCAGUUACUAAGAGAUCAUCAACUUGCUUCAAAUACUCUUGGAGAACCUCUAAGAUUUACUUACAUGAAUCUCUCACGGAAAGAUAUCAUGAUUAACCAUGAUAUUGCUCAGGUGGGUAAAAGAUUGUGGUCAUUAGAAAGAUAACAAAUACAAAAGGUUUGCAUGCUAUGAUCUUUCUGGUGAACAUAGGUCUGUUGAAUGUAUGUUUUCAAUUGAUAUAACCCUACCUUUACUAAAAUGAGAAAAAGAAAAGCAACUUUUCUACAAGAGUACUCUACAACUUUCCAGAAAUUCACAGUAUAUCAGAGUUCUUUGUUACAAAGAAAAGAGUGAAAAGGAUCGAGAAGUAUUCUGAAAUUGACAUUUAUCUCAUAACCUUGUUGUAAUUUGUAAUCACUUGUUUUGGAGAAAUGGCCUGGUUGCAACAGACACAACCCUACUAUAAAAACUUCCUCUAAAUUUGUUCAUCAUGAGGUCAGAUGUGCUAAGCAUGAAUAUAAUUUUUCAACCAACAAAGAUCUGAUUUAAAAAUGUUUUCUUUAUUUAAGGUGGUCAUACCAGUCAGAGGGAGUAAAGCUAAAGGAAAUCUUUACUCCUUUGCUACUAGAACAGAAGACAAUCAGUGAGUGGCUCUUUCCAAACGUCUUUUAUUUGCAUGCCUUUGACCAAAGGUUCUUUGUUGAAACUAAUCUUGAUCAUUAACUAAAGCUCAACUUACACAAUAUAUCCACAGCUUAAGUGAAUAGAAUUCUUCUUGAUUUUCAGAUGGUUACUUGAAAGAGUGGAACUUGAUGUAAAUCAAGGACAACAGAGGAUUAAAAUUUGGCCAGAAAAUUAAUUGGAGAGCAAGCCAUAUUUUAUGCUGUGGCUUAAAUUAUUACCACUGGCAUUCUCCUGAGAGGAGGUGUAGGAAUUACCUGCCAAGAAAAUUGGUGUAAACAUUUGUUCCUUCUGUUGGAAAAUAAAUGGAAUCUGACACAGACUGCAACAUUGGUGACCAGAAGUGAAAAGAAAAUGGCAGAAAUGUUUGAGUCCUGCCAAGUUUAUUAAAUUAUGGAAUGUUAAAAUGCUGGCAUAGUAACAGGAAUAACUUCUAACUAACAACACAAAAUUCCUGUUGUUUUCAUUGUAAGCUCCAUUUUAAGUACAUGUAUGUACAUGUACCAUGUGGCAAAAAAAGUUUGAUGGAGCUUCAUUAUGUGGGUUGUGCAUGCUUUGCUGGGUAAGAGGGCAAUGUUUUGCUUUUCAGGAGGACCAAAUUAUGCUGAGGA